CCCAAGUACCAACCCGGUCCGACGAUCUUCUUCCGCACCGACGGCGAACUCCCAUAUCGGAGAGGUGAAUCCCACGGCGAGUUUUUACAGGUUCCAUCGAAUCAAAACCUACAAUCAUUUGAUUAGAUUCACGAUUCCGUGGAUCUUCCUUAGGGUUUGAUGCAAUUACGUGUGUAUCCAUUCACAAUACUGACAAUUUUGAUCAUCCUCUUGUCCGUUUGGAUUUGAUUAUCGUUGAAAAAGGGAAGAAGUCUAUAUUGUGAAGCUGAGAUGGGAGAUAUGGAUCCUAACUCUUUGAGAUGCCGGCAUUGUGCAGGUCCCCUCACCAAGGAGAUGGAAACCUGUGCUUGGACUGUUGGACCCCUUAUCAGAGAUAGUUUUUCUAUGAUUGGUUCUGCUGUUGGUGGUGUGUCGAGUGCAUUCUAUGGAUUCAAUCUAGUGAUGCCAGUUGUUCAAAGGCGGGUGAAGGGACCUAUGUGGUUGCAUUUCCUGAUUGGGGCCCCGCCCGUGAUAGUGUUUUCAUCGGCUUGUGCAGGAUUGGCAGGCGGUGCAAUCCCAGCGCUAGCUCAACUUGCGUCCUCGUCUUAUCACGCAGCAGUCUCGUCUCCUCCGUCAUUAUCUGCAGCACCCCCUCGGGAUGACGAUAUCAACAAAUCGAAGAGUUCGUCCACUAUAUAGCAAAACGACGACGAUGCUUCUAUUAUUGUUCUUGACCGUGGAUUUAACGCUAUUUAUGGCAUCAAAUGGUCUUUAAGGUCAUGAAUUAUCGAGUUAAGUGGAUCUGGACUGUUUGUACAUGAUUCAAAUUUCUAACAUACUAGUAUUGCACAAGCAUGAGGUAUGUUUGAAAAUUGAUGUGAAAUCACUCUCUGUUUGGUUUGGUUUGGUUUUUCAUCAAGUCAUGUAUGGAUAAAAUUGUCAGUGUGGAUUAAUCUGUCUAUAUAAAUUGAGAAAGUUUUUGUUUAUGAGGGUCUUUUAAUAGAUGGAAUGAGUUUUUAAUUAUGAGAGACAGAUUAA